CGGAAGCUGCCAUGGCUGUCCCGGUCCAUCCACUGUCAGUUCUGUGGAUACUGACACAAUGGGGUGCCGUUCGUCACCCCCUCCCGCAGCACUCUCGCUGACUGGGCACACAAGUCGUCCACUGUCACUGGACCCAUUCCGUGGUGCUGGUCUGCCGCACCCGCCUAGACCACGAACCGGGUCACCGGAGUACGUCAUGAGUCGCAUCAUUCGGGACAAAGAAGCCGGUGUCCCACCGGUGGACUGCCCAGCCAACACGGCGGUUGGAGGCGAAGUGGUUGCCUCACCAACGGCCCCUGCCCGCACCCCUCCCCAGCGUGGAUCUUUUGAAGGUGGUGGGACUCCGUCUCCGCUCAUUGGGCACUCAGCGUCGCAGCACACUCCACGUACUGUGGAGAACUUGGCGGGGACGUCCACCGCAGGGCCGUCCGAAGGGCCCCCUCCACGACCGUGUUCAACUGAGAAGAAUACGGAUCGGUGGGGGGAGACCGAGACUGAGUGGUUGUGCCGGUUCAGGAAUGACAUGAAGGCUUUGGGGUGCACGAGGCUGAAAGCAUGUUUUUGGAAGGAUGUGGUUGAGCGCAUGCGGGCGAAGGGUUACAACCGUAACCCUGAUCAGUGCAAGAACAAGUUCAAUCAGAUCCUUGACUAUUACAGAAGAUUGAAGGCACACGAAAGCUGGUCAGGUUUGCUGAGCUACUGGGACAUGAACCAAACGAGGCGGAAGAAGUACAACGUCAGCUUUGUUCUUCGCCGGGCUUGGUAUGACAUCAUACACCCGGUGGAGAAAGACAAGGACUCCAUUAAUCUGACGAAUUUGAUGGACUCGGGGGUGGACGAGGAGCAUCUUGAAGACAGUGAAAGGUGCAACGAGGUUGAUGGGGAGACAGAAGGAGGAAGUGAAGGUCCGGCGGGCGGGUCGGACAGUUCACCGGGCGGGCCUGACAGUUCACCGAGCGGGCAACAUUCAACGGGUUUCGAUCCGAUGCUAGGUAAACGAAAAAGAACUGCCAUCAAUGCUCGCGAGUCGAGUCUGCAGGCUGUCAUAGGUGCUAUGCGUGAUCACACCGCGGCUCUCGCAUGUUCUGACAGGGAGUGCGUGAAGAUGCGUUGCGAAGUGACACGUGACAUCGCAAGGCAUCAGGCUGAGGUUCAUAGAGAGCUUAUGCAGCAGGACAUUGCGUCACGUGAGAGGAUAGCUACUAUAACUGGGGAUAGGCUGGAGAAGGGUUAUCUCGUUCUUGCAGAUGCCAUCCAUAGUUUGCGUCCCCGUAGGAACAGUCCAUCUUCCGGGCCGGAUAGCAGCGAUUCACAGUAGUUGCAGUUGUGUAUGGGGAGAUGUUUGUUUUGUCUAUCUUGUUUUCAAUUUCUUUUUUGGUCGUGUCCUAUUUUCAUCCGCUGCGUCCUUAGGCUAG